AAUUGCUUUCUGUCUUUACAGAUCUAUAACGCAAUCAGCAAUUGAGUUAUAUAUUUAAUAGCUACUGGUAUCAGUUUUUUCGACUGCUUCUAUCCCUGUGUUGGAUAAUACAGUAAUAUUUUCAUCAGUCAAUGAGGAAAUAUCAUACUCUGAUAUUGAAAUCAAAAAUCUAAUUAUGCUGAAAAUGAAUGAUAGGUUUCAUAGAGCUGCUAAAGACGGUUAUUUGGAACCAUUAAAGCAGGCAACAAAGAAAGACUUGAAUCAGCAAGAUGAAGGAGGAAUGACUCCUACAUUGUGGGCAGCCUAUCAUGGGAAUAUUGAUGCUUUACGACUUUGCUGCAGUCGAGGUGGGGAUCCAGACAAAUGGGAUUAUACUGGCAAUACAGCACUACAUUUUGCAUCUGCAAACGGCCAUCUCAACUGUCUUACUUUUCUUGUAAAUUUUGGAGCAAAUAUAUGGCAAAUGGACAAUGAUUAUCAUACUAUUAUGGAUGUUGCGGCAAUUCGUGAGCAGCAUGCAUGUGUCCAAUAUUUAGAUGGUGUGAUUGUAAAACAAAAGUCAAUGGACAAAAAGAAAGUUACAAAUCUCCAAGACAAAGCAAAAAAGGCAGCUGAGAAACGAAUAAAAGCAUAUGAAAAAAUGCAGAAACAGCAACAAGAUAAACUUGACAAAAUACAUCGAAGUUCUAGCACCAAUGGUCCACUUGAGAAAGAUUCAAGCAAGGAUACUAAAAAGAGUCAACGAAAAUCAAGCACAAGCAACCCUGUUCAAAGUGAAUUUCGAAUAUCAGAUGGUAAUGCAUCUGCUGGUGGAAGAACUGUUAAAUCCAUUGCAGGAUUCCAUUCAGAGAAAAAUGCUGGUAAUGUUAUGUACAUGCCAUCUGAAACAAUGCCCUCACGUGGUCCAAAACCGAAUAAUGAUUCACAAGGCAGAGCAUCUUUACGUAACAUGUUCACUGGUCAAGAUAGUAUGUCUACUGGUGCAAGUUCAGGGUAUGAAUCACAGAGAUUCGGAACUAUGGCACUCAGGUCCAAUUUUAAGUUGGCAAAUUCAAUGUAUUCUGCAGCAGCAGAUGCAGAAAGAGAAGAUGACAGUGAUAUUCCCUCCAGUAGUAGUCAAGUGUUUAAUGGAGCCGGUGCUUCUUCCAGUCUUGGUUCAUUUCCAAUGGUUCAGGAUCCCAGUAAUGGAUGGUCAGAUGACGAUGAUGAUAUAAACAAUGGUUUUGAUGAACCAUCAGAAGUUGACACGUUUCUCGCAAGUUUAUAUCUUUCUGAAUAUUCCAAAUUAUUCAAGGAAGAGAAGGUUGAAAUGGAAGUUUUAAUGACAUUCACGUUGGAUGAUCUGAAAGAACUCGGCCUGGCAUUUGGUCCACGCAAGAAAAUUAAGAAUGCAAUUGAUGAACGAAAGGCUGCAUUGGAAUCUAAUGUUGAAAUGGAACUCACUGAAUUCUAACAUAGAUUAUGGCAAAGUCACUAAUUAUGCAGUGGAAGUUUUAACCUCGUUGCCUUUGCUGUUUUCAAUUCUAUUUUCUUCAUUUUUUCGCAUUGUUUUUAUGUGGUGACAAUAUUAGGUUAGAGAGUUUCUCAAAACUUCUGUUUUAGAUGUGCUCCAAUUUAUAAGGGAGAUUGAAUCUGAACUAGUUUCAACUGGUUGGUACCCGAUUAAAGGGUCGUUAAAAGGUCUGCCAUAUGAACAAUUUUAUCAUUUUGAGUUUACCUCAUUAAUGGCCAAAAUGUGGUUAAAGUCUCAACAUAGAACUGUCACAGGUUGUACAUACCGUAAGUUGAAUUUAUAUACUAAUUAGGAAUUUUGUUUUUGCUCGAGAUAGAAAACUGAAUGUAACCAAAAUACAUUAUUAGCCUAGUUAUAGUAUUCAACAAAAAUCAAAUGCAAUGGUACCAAAUAUCCAACCUUUUUCCUAACCAUACUUCAUCAGCCCACAUAUUUUUCUCGUUUUUAAUUUCUAAAGUCAUGAUUAUGGUAAAUGUUGGUUUAAGAUAUGCUGUGGUGUGAAUGGUGAUAUUAAUCUUGAGGCCAUUUAACAAAAAAAGAUAAAUACCAUGUCUAAUUUAUACAUCUGGGAUACUUUCACCUGACGACUAUGUAAUAAAACAUCUCCAUCUGGUGUAUAGUUGAGUGGCAGAUUUACAUGAAUGUAAAUAUCUACACCUUUUUUCUGUCUAUUUUUAAAUGUACUUUUAUGGAUUUUGUGUGUCACUGUAAAUAUAAAUCUGUAGUAUAAAUAAUACAUUGAAUAUCGUACUCUCCAAUUUGAAUACUUUAAUUGUUUUUUUCAAGACUUGAAUCACUCCUAUUUUUGAUUCUGCUCGUUUUGAAAUUUUUAUUUUUGCUUUGUUCAUUUGCUGCUUUCUUUUCAGUACUUCAUUAAGCAAUUUAAAUUAUGACUGGGAUAAUUGUGGAAUAAAAUAAUUUGAGAAUCAUAUAAAAUUUUUAAUCUUAAUGAUUAUGCUACAAUAAUAGCAAGUGUGCAUUCAAAUAUACUUAUUGGUCUGUUGGUUAUUGAAAGUGCUUUUUCAUAAACUGUUCCCCUUUAAUCACUGUAUUUUUUAUAUCAAAAAUUAAAACUGUAUAUUCUAUCUCACAAACACAAGUUCAAGUGUUAUAUCAACUUUUUUUGUUUCUGUAAAGUCUUCUGAAUCUCUGGGUAUCAUAGAUUCUAUGAUACAUACCCAGAUUCAGAGGACUUCACUUUAUGAUAACGAAGAAAGUUUAACUAACACUUGAACUUCUGUUUGUGUAUGUUAUACCCAAAAGUUUCAGUAAUUUGAGAUGCUUCGCACAAAAGUUAAGUUUUCUCUAGAAUAUGUUUCAAAUGACCUGGGUUCUGUUUCUUCAAGUUUAUUUCAGAAUUCCUAAAAAUCUUUGUGACAACUCCGUACACCCCCCUUUAGUUUCUUCGUGCUGCCUAUAAAAUGUUUAUCUUUCAAGCAUCACCUCUAUCUGUAGAUUGCUAUAGAAAGACGAACUCACGCUUAGCUGAUCAUGAAGUCAUGUUUCUUCAAUUUGAGCAACAUCAUGAUUUAUUCCAGGAUUUAAAUUUAGAAAUGAUUUUUUUCUAAUACCUAUUUUCAUCAUCGUCAUAUUUUUAUCAUUGUGAUUUAUUUAGCUUUGAUAGUUUCAACAAUUUUGUAAUAAUUUCACUGUAUUUGUCUGUAGAUGCUGCAAUUAUAUAACUGUAACUGAUUAUGGUACUCCGAUAUUUUCAAUCAUUCAUAUAUACAUUUUUAAUCCUAUUAUAUAAAUCAAGUUAUAAUUUUAAAUGAUCUUACCUUAAAUAUACUUUUCAAUUCACCUAAUUACCUUUUUGCCUGUCGUUUUAGCGUUCUUUUGAAAAUCAGUUCUAUCACGGACACGGUGUAGUUUUAGCAGUAGUAGAUAUUUUUAAAGCAUUGGUUCUCAAAGUUUUUUAACCGUGUUCCUUUUUAGAAUUUAUCAAGUCUCGCGCCCCACCUCAAAAAUAACUAGCUUACAAUAAGCUUCAAAUAACAGAUAGUAAGGCGAAAGUAUGUUUUAUUUGAAACGAGAAAUAUGUGGAUGGACUUGCAAUCUUAAGCAAUGAAAAGAUAUAAAUAUUUAAAAUAAGGUGGGUGAGAUCAAAUCUAACAAAUAUUUUUAACUAGCUCCACAUCAUUUCAUGAAAAUUGUCAUUGUGGGGUUUGAGAACCACUGCUUUAAAGGAAUAUUUAGGAAAUAUGGAUUGAUCAUAGACAUUGGUUUGUAAUGUGCCAAAAGGGUCUAUGUUACUUAUAUCCUUUUCGUCUGACAGUCAAAAUUUAUUGUCAAUGUGACAGUUCAUAUGGUACUAACAUUCCGAAAUAAUUUGGUUGUUUAUGUUAUGUAUUGGUACAUAUUUGCAUUUAGAUAUAAUUAAUAGAUAUUUAGCAACCAGUAAUGUUCCGUAUUCAAGUAGAUGGAUUAUGAAAUGAUGAUAUGGCCAUUUGUCAGUAUUUUUAAUUGAAAAAUUACUGUAUUUUAUUUUGUGAUCUCAUCCGAUUCUGUUUGUCAUUUCCAUGACAAUGGAGUAGCUCUUUCGUUUAUUUUGUUAUAUGAAUAAUAUUCAAAUAAUUUGCUCCAGA